AUGCGAAAAGCCUUGGUGGAACCCCAUGAAGGAGGCGAGGCCCUCCCCAUAAAGGAGUCGUCACCGUCAAGCUCCGUAGCGGCUACGGGAGUUGGCGAGGGUUCCUACCAGGAGACAAAAAGGUACCGCACGUGGCGAAAACACACACGUGAUCUCUACCAGAGGUUAACUCACAUCGACCUUGUAUGGGAGAGUCCGGCAGUACGUUUAAUGCCAUUCAGCACCUCAAAACCAGGGCUACUCACUCGCACGCUUCUGUGCUGCACGCGUGCAUGUAAUGGAGACCAAUCUUACCUGCAGUUGCUUUCUGUCACAACACCAAGUUGUGCUGAAUCUCUUGAUGCCACGUACAGCACAUACUGUGAGGCUACGGGUGAGGUUGGUGGCUACGGAAUGGCACCCUCUGCUGUUGGGCUGCGCAUAGAGCGUUCUAUACUUCAUGAUGGUGAACCACUCACCGCUCGAUACAUGCACGCCAACCCACUCAUUAUUGCUUCCGGUUCUAAAGAUGGCAAUGCUUAUGUAUUUGACUGGUCAAGAAUCUCGCUGAAUAAGUUUCCUAAUGACCCACCGCGCCCACGUGCUCCGCUUCCUCCAAAUGAACCCAGUGAAGGGGAUACCGGUGAGGAGCGUGCACUUUAUAACAAGCGAAUGUCCGCUCUGCAAGCUGUGGUUAGGGAGCAAGACCGUUGGGACAAGAGGCACGGUGAGGGGCAACACCUUUUAACCCUAACGGGGGGAAAUGGCCCGUGUGGUGCACUCGACUGGAGCACAACUACCGAUGGUACCGUUGCGGCCGGGUCCCUCGGUAGAAUUUGUGUUUGGCAAAUCGCAAACAUGUCCAAAGAUGACCCUCGGGUUGUUUCCUGCGUCCAAAAAUAUACCAUAGAAAAUGAGUCGCGCGUGAACGAGGUUUCCUUUUCAUGGAUGGAGCCAACCAGCUUCGUAGCAUCAGUAGAGUCUGGCGCUGUCUUGCGAGGCGACAUACGUGACCCUCAGUUAUCUCAACUGUUCCGUCUGGAAGUGCCGGCAACGUCUUCUUCGGUUUCUCCACUUGAUGGUACCUCGCUUCUAGUGGGCUCGGAGGAAGGUGAAGCGUUUUAUUAUGAUCUUCGUUACACGUUGCACCCUGUAAUGACUGUAGAGCUUCACGAAGGCGCUAUCUCAUCGGCACAAUGGUGUCCACACUCGCGACACCUCUUCUGUACUGGUGGCGAAGGUGAUGCCAUGUGCUGUGUGUAUAAUGUGACAGCCAAUCGUCUGCUGUUUAAGCACGCCGGUCAUGUCGAGAAUGUGACUGAUGUGUCAUGGGAUUGGCAGGAGGGAUGUGAGGGUCAACUUGUUUCUGCUGAUGCGUGGAGUGUCAUGCUGUGGAGACCAAGGGAUAUUUUCUAUACUUCUUAA